CGUUAAUAUUUUUACCCACAAGGAAAAAAAGCUGAUUGGUCAAGUCAGCACACAUCUUAACAUCCCAUUUCUCAUUAAUUUCAGCCAAAAUUUGCACAGAAAAUCUAUAUCUAUAUCUAUAUAUAUACCUAGUUGAGAUAAAAGCCUGGCACAUAUCUUCUACAGAAAAAUGGCUCCAAGUAAGUUUUUUACUUGGAAAUUUUUGCUUCCUGCAUGUUUCAAGUCUGAGAACCCAUUUCCAGAGCCAAAGAUUCAAGCUUCUAAUCAAAUUACCUCCCAGAGAUUAUCUCUGUCAGAUUUGAGCAACCCUGGUUCACCACUAUCUGUCAGUGAUCUAUCAAAUUCAAUCUUUAACCUCCAUGUUUUCACACUCAAGGAACUACAAAUGGCAACCCAUCAAUUCUCCAGAAGUAACUUUCUUGGUGAAGGUGGAUUUGGAACUGUGUACAAAGGGUUCAUUUCUGACAAGCUUAGACCUGGCUUGAAGGCUCAGCCUGUGGCUGUCAAGGUCUUGGAUUUGGAUGGCUCUCAAGGACAUAGAGAGUGGCUGGCUGAAGUAAUCUUCCUUGGGCAGUUAAAGCAUCCCCAUCUUGUGAACUUGAUUGGCUACUGCUGCGAGGAUGAGCACAGGCUUUUGGUUUAUGAAUAUAUGGAGCGAGGCAACUUAGAGACUCAGCUAUUUAAAAGGUACUCUGCAGCCUUGCCUUGGUUAACAAGACUAAAAAUUGCAGCCGGAGCAGCAAGAGGCCUAGCUUUCCUCCAUGGAGAAGAAAAACCAGUAAUAUAUAGAGAUUUUAAGGCUUCAAAUGUCCUAUUAGACUCGGACUUUAAUGCAAAGCUUUCGGAUUUUGGGCUAGCAACAGAUGGUCCAGAAGGAGAUGACACGCAUAUUACAACUCGUGUUAUGGGCACUGAAGGUUAUGCAGCUCCUGAAUACAUAAUGACUGGUCAUUUGACAGCCAUGAGUGAUGUAUUUAGUUUUGGAGUGGUGCUUUUAGAGCUGUUAACGGGCAGGCGAUCAGUGGACAAGAAGCGUCCCUGUAGAGAGCAGAACUUGGUUAAAUGGGCAAGACCUUUAUUGAAGGAUUACCAUAAGCUUGACCAGAUAAUGGACCCAAGGCUUGAAGGCCAAUAUUCAACAGAAGGUGCUAGGAAAGCAGCAGCACUGGCUUACCAAUGCUUGAGCCACCACUGCAAAUCUAGACCCACUAUGAGCACUGUGGUCAAGACCUUGGAGUCUCUGCUAGAGCUUAAUGACAUACCAGUUGGACCAUUUGUGUUUGUUGUUCCAACUGAAGGCAACAAUAAAGCAACAACUGAAAAAGAAAUUGAAAAAGAAAGUAAAAAUGAAUGCCAUGAACUAAAAGAUGAACAUAAAUUUGAAGAAAAAGAAGCAGCAGAAAUGAAAGAUAAGAAUUGUAACAGGAACCAGAAGGGUCAAAGGCACAGAAGGCGAGUUAAGUCAUUCAGAUCUAGAGCUGUGUAUUCUGAUACAGCAUUGUAUAAGACUUCAGGCACUAGCCUAUAUUCUCCAAAGCGGCAGAGUAAAGCGGCAGAGAGGUAUAGAUAAUUGGGUUUUGCUUAUAGAGCAUAUUGUACAUUGAAUUAGCUUCUUCUUCUUUUUUUUUUUUUUUUUAAUCUUGGGAAAAUUUCCCACCUUUUGCAAUUCACCUGCAGGUGUUGUUAUGAUUGCAAUGUGUGACUAAAGUUGCUAUAAUAAAACUUUUUCCAUUGAAUUGUGGGCAUCA